AUGGCAAACAAGGUGUUUGCUAGAAGAUAUUGCAGUGCUGGAUGCCUUCAUGCCACAUACUUGGAAAAAGAGUUUUGGAAUGAAAUUGGUUGUGGGAAGAUGGAAACUGUUGAAUAUGCAUGUCAUGUUGCUUUAGAAUUUGAAAGGGUAGUCAGAGAACAUGUGUACACUAAUAUUUUAUCAAGUGACGGGGAAGAUGGCGCCUUCGAUGUUCUCCUAGGGAAAAUAACUCUAUUUCCACCAAAUAUUUUGUUAGAGCAUGAAGUCCCUGUCUACAAGGCCGUUCAAAAGCCAGGGGAGUUUAUAAUAACCUUCUCCACAGUUGAAACCAUGACUGAAGCCAGCAUGAUAUGCUCUGGGGGAGGUCCUAACGUCUUGGUGGUUUAA